CUGAAAGAUGCGGCAUUUCUAAAAUGCUUUAACUGGGCUGCCUUGGUUGUAGAUGAAGCUCACAGACUGAAAAACCAAAGUUCUCUGCUUUACAAAACGCUUUCUGAGUUUUCAGUAGGCUUCAGCCUGCUACUCACAGGCACUCCAAUCCAGAACAGCCUCCAGGAACUGUACUCCUUACUCAGCCUUAUUGAGCCUGACAUCUUUCCUAGGGAACAAGUGAAAGAGUUUGUUGAGUAUUACCAAGCGAUUGAAAAGGAGAGUGAGCCAGCCAAAGAAUUGCACAAUGUUCUGCAGCCAUUUUUGCUUCGAAGAGUCAAAUCUGAGGUGGCUACAGAGCUGCCAAAGAAGGUGGAAGUGGUUCUGUACCAUGGAAUGUCAGCUCUGCAGAGGAAGUACUACAAGGCCAUUUUGACAAAAGAUCUAGAUGCUUUUGAAAGUGAAACAGGACGAAAGGUUACACUGCAGAAUGUCUUAAUUCAGCUUCGGAAGUGUGUUGCCCACCCAUACCUUUUCAAUGGUCUUGAACCAGAACCUUUUGAGAUUGGAGACCAUAUUGUUGAAGCCAGUGGCAAGCUGUGUUUGUUGGAUAAACUCCUUUCAUUCUUGUAUGCUGGUGGCCACCGUGUCUUGCUCUUCUCUCAGAUGACUCAACUACUUGAUAUCCUGCAAGACUACAUGGACUAUAGAGGUGGAGUUGGCAUGAACCUGACAGCAGCAGAUACAGUUAUUUUUACCGACAGUGAUUUUAACCCACAAAAUGACUUGCAAGCAAUAGCACGAGCGCACCGGAUUGGGCAGCACAAACCUGUGAAAAUUAUCCGCUUGAUUGGGCGAGAUACGAUUGAAGAAAUAAUCUACCGAAGAGCUACUUCUAAGCUUCAGCUGACAAAUGCCAUUGUAGAAGGGGGUCAGUUUGCUCUGGGAGCACCCAAGCCUCAGGGAGCAGCAGAGUUACAGCUGAGUGAAAUCUUGAAAUUUGGCUUGGAUAAAUUGCUGUCCUCUGAGGGGAGUACUAUACAGGAUGUGGAGCUAGAAAACAUCCUUGGAGAAACAAAAGGUGGGAAGUGGGUAAUGGAUGUUGUGCUGCCACAGAAAGAAGAGAGUGAAGAGGAGGAUACAGAGAAUCACAUGUACGUGUAUGAAGGCAAAGAUUAUUCAAAAGAACCCAGCAGAGAAGACAAAAAAGCAUUUGAUCAGCUUUUGGAUCUUCAGAAAGCCUUGACUGAAGAGACAAGUAAGGAAGGGAGAGCUCUCCGGAACAAAGCAAACGCCCUUCUCACAGGCCUCCGGGAACAGUCAGCCAGGAGGAAGCACUUGUUGAGCGCAGAGGAGCUGGAGGCUAGGAGGAAGAAGCGCCAAGAAGCAGCAGCAAAAAGAGCAAGGCUCAUGGAGGAAAAGAAGAAGGCAAAAGCAGAGGCAGAACACAAGAAAAAGGUGGCCUGGUGGGAGGCAAAUCAUUACACAUCUACCUGCCUUCCUUCAGAGGAAAGUGACUCUGAGGAAGAGUUUGAGGGGGAUGAGGCUGGGCUGAAUGUGGAUUUAGAUUACAAAGAUGCAGACCUGAACUAUAUCAAGUAUGUCAUGGGAGAUGUCACCCAUCCCAAAGCAGAAGAGGAGGAUGCCAUCAUUGUACACUGCCUAGAUGACUCCGGCCGCUGGGGAAGGGGUGGUUUAUUUACAGCUCUGGAGGCUCGUUCUGAUCAGCCAAGGAAAAUAUAUGAGAUGGCAGGAAAGAUGAAAGACCUGGAGUUAGGAGGAACCCUAUUAUUCCCCAUUGAUGAUAAAAAAUCCAGGAAAAAAGGACAAGACCUGUUGGCCUUGCUUGUAGCGCAGCACCGGGAUCGGUCCAACAACUUGUCUGGCAUUAAGCUGUCUGCUUUGGAAAAGGGCCUGAAGAAGAUUUAUUUAGCAGCCAAGAAAAGGCAUGCAUCAGUGCAUCUUCCACGUAUUGGGUAUGCAACAAAAGGUUUCAACUGGUAUGGUACCGAGCGGCUCAUCCGAAAAUAUUUGGCAACACGGGGUAUCCCCACUCUUAUAUACUACUUCCCUAGGAAUAAAGGCUCUUCCUCUGCUUCACAACCAUAUUCAUCUUCAAUGACAGUCUCAAAGCCAUGA